GGCUGUGCUUGUGGCUGUGCAUGCCUUUUCCUUUUUUUAAUUCUGUAGCAUUGAUGGAAGCCAAUCAGAGAGAGAGCCCUCUCCGCCCGAUGGGUGCCGCACGCUGGAGUUGGGAGGGAUGCUCAGCCUGCGAGCCUGGGUCGGGGCGGGCGCGCGGGUCCGGCUGCGCGGGCGGCGCUGCUGCAGCUGCCCAGGACCGGCGCCGCUUUUCGGGGAGCCUGGGUGCCGUUCCUCCGCCUUCUGAUAUCCUCUGAGUGCCAAGCAAAGAACAUUAAGGAAGGGAAGAGGAAUGAGGCUGGAUAGAGUGCAGUGAAACGAGGUGCUUCAAGGAGAGGGGUACCCAUACCCACCACCCAGAGACGGGACUGUGUCACCAGAAUGAGAACUUACCCAUACUUCUUGCUGCUCUUUUGGGUCGGUCAGCCCUACCCAACUUUCUCAACUCCAUUAUCUAAGAGGACUAGUGGUUUCCCAGCAAAGAAAAGGGCCCUGGAGCUCUCUGGAAACAGCAAAAAUGAGCUGAACCGUUCGAAAAGGAGCUGGAUGUGGAAUCAGUUCUUUCUGUUGGAAGAAUACACAGGAUCGGAUUAUCAGUAUGUGGGCAAGUUACAUUCAGACCAGGAUAGAGGAGAUGGAUCACUUAAAUAUAUCCUUUCAGGAGAUGGAGCAGGAGAUCUCUUCAUUAUCAAUGAAAACACAGGGGACAUACAGGCCACCAAGAGGCUGGACAGGGAAGAAAAACCCGUUUACAUCCUUCGAGCUCAAGCUAUAAACAGAAGGACAGGGAGACCCGUGGAGCCUGAGUCUGAGUUCAUCAUCAAGAUCCAUGACAUCAACGACAAUGAACCAAUAUUUACCAAGGAGGUUUACACGGCCACCGUUCCCGAAAUGUCGGACGUCGGCACAUUUGUUGUUCAAGUGACUGCAACUGAUGCUGAUGAUCCAACAUAUGGAAAUAGUGCAAAAGUUGUCUAUAGUAUUCUACAGGGGCAGCCCUAUUUUUCAGUUGAAUCAGAAACAGGUAUCAUCAAGACAGCUUUGCUCAACAUGGAUCGAGAAAACAGGGAGCAGUACCAAGUGGUGAUUCAAGCCAAGGACAUGGGCGGCCAGAUGGGGGGAUUGUCUGGGACCACCACAGUGAACAUCACUCUGACUGACGUCAACGACAAUCCUCCCCGGUUUCCCCAGAGUACCUACCAGUUUAAAACCCCUGAAUCUUCUCCACCGGGUACACCAAUUGGCAGGAUCAAAGCCAGCGACGCCGACGUGGGAGAAAACGCUGCAAUUGAGUACAGCAUCACAGAGGGAGAGGGGCUGGACAUGUUUGAUGUCAUCACCGACCAGGAAACCCAGGAAGGGAUUAUAACUGUCAAAAAGCUCUUGGACUUUGAAAAGAAGAAAGUGUACACCCUCAAAGUGGAAGCCUCCAACCCUCACGUUGAACCCCGCUUUCUCUACCUGGGUCCAUUCAAAGAUUCCGCCACAGUUAGAAUCAUGGUGGAAGAUGUCGAUGAGCCCCCCAUCUUCAGCAAACUGGCCUACAUCCUACAAAUAAGAGAAGAUGCUCAGAUAAACACGACGAUAGGCUCGGUCUCAGCGCAAGAUCCAGAUGCUGCCAGGAAUCCUGUCAAGUAUUCUGUCGAUCGACACACAGAUAUGGACAGGAUCUUCAACAUUGAUUCUGGAAAUGGUUCAAUUUUUACGUCGAAACUUCUUGACCGCGAAACAUUGCUAUGGCACAACAUCACAGUGAUAGCAACAGAGAUCAAUAAUCCAAAGCAAAGCAGCCGAGUACCUCUAUAUAUUAAAGUUCUGGAUGUCAAUGACAACGCCCCAGAAUUUGCUGAAUUCUAUGAAACUUUUGUCUGUGAGAAAGCAAAAGCAGAUCAAUUGAUUCAGACCCUACGAGCUGUUGACAAGGAUGACCCUUACAGCGGGCACCAGUUCUCAUUCUCUUUGGCCCCCGAAGCAGCCAGUGGCUCAAACUUUACCAUUCAAGACAACAAAGACAACACAGCGGGAAUCCUAACUCGGAAAAAUGGCUAUAAUAGACACGAGAUGAGCACCUAUCUCCUGCCUGUGGUCAUUUCAGACAACGACUACCCAGUCCAAAGCAGCACUGGGACAGUGACUGUCCGGGUCUGUGCAUGCGACCACCACGGGAACAUGCAGUCCUGCCAUGCGGAGGCCCUCGUCCACCCCACGGGACUGAGCACGGGGGCUCUGAUUGCCAUCCUACUGUGCAUCGUGACCCUACUAGUGACAGUGGUGUUGUUUGCAGCUCUGAGGCGGCAGCGGAAAAAAGAACCUUUGAUCAUUUCCAAAGAGGACAUCAGAGACAACAUUGUCAGUUACAACGACGAAGGUGGUGGAGAGGAGGACACUCAGGCCUUUGAUAUCGGCACCCUGAGGAAUCCCGAAGCCAUAGAGGACAGCAAAUUACGCAGGGACAUUGUGCCCGAAGCCCUUUUUCUACCCCGACGGACUCCAGCCGCUCGUGAUAACACCGACGUCCGAGAUUUCAUCAACCAAAGGUUAAAGGAGAAUGACACGGACCCCACUGCCCCGCCCUACGACUCCUUGGCCACCUAUGCCUACGAGGGCACCGGCUCGGUGGCCGAUUCCCUGAGCUCGCUGGAGUCAGUGACCACAGAUGGAGACCAAGACUAUGAUUACCUUAGUGACUGGGGCCCUCGCUUCAAAAAGCUCGCAGAUAUGUACGGAGGGGUGGACAGUGACAAAGACUCCUAAUAUGUUGCCUUUUUUCAUUUUCCAAUACGACACUGAAACAUGCGAAGUGGCUAUUUCUUUCUAUUUAUCCACUACUCCGUGGAGGGUUCUCUGUUCUACCAGUUCCAAAAGUCAAUGGCUGCAGUCCGUGGGGAUCUAAUGUUAGAGACUUUUUUCUAGUACACUUUUAUGAGCUUCCAAGAGGCAAAUGUUUAUUUUUUAGCGCAUCAGUUAACCAUGUCAGUCAGCCCAACAGGCCCCAAGCUGGAGGAGAGGACAGAGAGUAACAUUUUCCCUUGUUCUCUUAGGGCAAGUUCCGAACAUGCUCAAUUCAACUGGCCUGGUCUUUUUACUACACUCCGUUGACUCAGGUCGGCUGACUGCUCCGCCUGUACACUUCACAUGCUAAUGGGAUGAGGGAUUGUGCUUUAAUGAUUAAAGAUAGAGUUUUAGUAAGAGAAAUGAGGAACAACUUCACAGUCGUUCCUGGUGCAUCAGCCCACAAGGAGAUAAUGAACUAUAUAUGAGUGUGUGUUUCCAUCACAAAGAAUUUAAAACAUCUACCCAUCCUGUGUGUUCUUCAAGAACUUUUUCUGACACCAUUGGCUAUUCAAAACAUCAGAUCCACCAAUGUUUUAAGAUUCUCAUUCCUCUUUAGGAAUAAAAGCAAAUUAAAUGGUAGCAUUCAAAAACAACCACCAAAAAACAAAAAACUUAGUAAGACCUCAUUCUUUGCCACUAACUUCUAAUUUGUUAUAUAGUAGACAUGCAGAAGUUUGCCCUCCCACCAUAUAAAGGAAAAGGGAAAAUAGCUAACAAUGUUAACAAAAUAAAUAUUUAACAUACUUUAAACUUUGGGCCACCAAAUAUACCACAGAUUACUUGAAAUUGUUUCAACCAUCAGUAGGCUAAUUACAAAUAAGUCUAAUUGUUUAACAGUUCUUGAAGGAACUUUUCUGAGAUAAAUUUUAACUCCUUGUCUGUAGUUGUCCUCAGUAUUAUUCUAAUAUACUUGAAUGUAGCAGUGUGAAGUACAAUAAUUCAUAUUCUUAAGAUACUUCUUACACAGUUAAGUUGCAUUAGUAAAGGUAGAUUAAAUAAAACUCGAAUCCUGCUCUUGGAGUUUAAUGGGGAGGUAAGAGCCAGCCACACUUGAACCUGAUACCCUGUCCUUCACGUCCAGAAACAUCUAUCUAUUUAUAUAAUGUGAUAGAUAUAGAUGAACAUUGAGAUCAUGGUGAAAACCUACAUAUAACAUAUUUGGAAGAUGCUUACAAAGGGAAAAACUCAGAUUCCCUUCAACAAGAGUGUUUAAGAUUGUAAUUAAAAUGAUAGUUGACUUUCAAAAGCAUUAAUAUUUUUUGAUUGUUUUUAACUUAGUUUCCAUGGCAACCCUGCCAGCCUUGUCUUUGAGCUAAUGAUAAAGUAAUGGUCUCAAACUAUGACAGAAAAGUAAUGUACAAUCCAUCCAAUCUAUUAUUUCUCUAAUUAUGCAAUUAGCAUCACAGUUAUUAUCCAGAAGACCCAACUGAACUGAACUAAUCCUUUUGGCAGGUUCAAAUCAUUUAUUUCAUACGGCUGUUCUAAUGACUUUUAUCAUUAGAAUCCUACAUCGUGCAGUCAUCAGAAAUUUCCAAAGUACUGUAAUGAAAACAUCCUUGUUUUGAAACCUUUAGGAAAAAAACAGGCGCUGUAUAUAUAUAAUAUGUACUUAAGAAUAUGCUGACUUCAAUUAUUAGUCUUAGGGAUUUAUUUUCAAUUAAUGUUAAUUUUCUACAGAUAAUCUUAGCGUAAUUUCCAUUGGGGGAUAAUGUCAUAUCAGCACAUAUUUUCUUUUUGGAAACACAUUGUUGUUUGGUUCCGUUUUAAGUAGGCAUAUUACCCAGGAAGAAAGA